GAAGGGGGAGAGGAGAAAGCGGGACAGCAGACGACAAAACAUCAACACUGACACCACACCAUGUGCCAUCGAAGACUUGCGUUAGUUUAGGCUCAUUAUUUCUGUUUGGUGUCAGUAUAUGUCUUCACAAUGUCAUCCAAAUUAAAAUUAAAAGAGGUGUUCGAAGUUGAAUCGAAGCUCGGAGCUAUCUUUACAGGUGGCACAGUCGAGUGGACAUCAGAUGGAAAGCUAUUCCUGUGCCAAUGUGGUCCUGCAAUCAACUUGUUAGAUGUAGAAUCUGGCAAAUUGAUUGGGAGACUGGGUCAUACUGAGGACUCUGACGAUUCUGCGCUGGAUGACAUUGUCGUUUCAUUUGCCCUAUCUGCUGAUGAUCAGCAUGUUGUAUCAUGUCACAAAAGUGGUCUUUUCCACUUGUGGAAUGUUCCAACCCAAAAAUCUAUGAAAUCAUGGAAAAGCAUACACAAAGGUCCUGUAGCCAGAAUUGCUCUUACAACCAAUGGAACUGUUAUGGCCAGUGGAGGCUCUGAUUCAAGUGUACGACUCUGGGAUCUUGUCCACCAAUCAUGUACUCACAACUUGAUUGGUGUUCAGGGUGUUGUAAGUGUAUUGACCUUCCAUCCCGACAAAGCACGGAAGCUUCUUUUAGGGGCUGCAGAUAAUGCUGUAAUCGUUGGAUGGGACGUGGAAACAGGAAAACCUGCCCUCACAUUGGAGGGACACUUCAGCCGAGUGUCUUCCAUAUCCAUUCAUAGUGAUGGAAAACACAUUGUCAGUUGUGGACGAGACAAAGUAGUAAUAUUGUGGGAUCUUGAUAAGCAGUGUGCUAUAAAUACAAUACCACUCUAUGAAGGUUUGGAAGGACUUGUUAUACUUCCCCCUGAAGUAUCAUUGCCAGUUCAAGCCAAAAAAGGGGGCAUUUGGGUGGCCGUGGCAGGAGAGAGAGGAGUGGUUCGAGUGUGGGAUGUGUUUGCUGCUAAAGAAAUCUUUGUGCAAUCAAACUCUUUGAUAUCUAAAGCCAAGGAGGAAGGAAGUCUGGCCAUCACCCGGCUUUUGUGGAAUUCUGAUGUUGGUGCCUUGGGAGUGGUUUCUUCUGAACACAAUAUUAUACUUCAUAAAGUGGACACAUUCCAAUGUGUGAAACAGUUUGUUGGCUUUAGUGAUGAGAUUCUUGACAUUGCUUACGUUGGUAAAGAUGAUUCCCAUCUGGCUGUAGCUACAAACAGCACAAAUGUGGCUCUUUACCGUGUUUCUGACAUGAGUUGCACCCUUUUACGUGGACAUACUGACCUCGUCUUGAGUCUUUCAACAUCUCGGUCAAAUCCCAAACUUUUUGUUUCAUGUGCUAAAGAUUAUUGUGUGAGAGUUUGGCAAUUGACAGAAGAUGGUAGCACAGCCGUAUGCGUGGGGCUUGGACAGCGUCACACAGCUGCUGUUGGUUCUGUUCACUUUGGCCAAUUGUCAUGCAAUAUUCUUGCUUCUGCUGGACAGGACAGUUGCAUUAAAAUUUGGAGCCUUCCUUCCAAGUGGGAUAGUGAAUCUGCACCUGUUACAAUCAAUGCAAAAAUUACUCAAAUUGCUCAUCCAAAAGAUAUCAAUAGUAUUUGCUUCUCUCCCAAUGAUAAACUUUUAGCAACGGGCUCACAGGACAAGACAGCCAAGCUUUGGAGUGUAGAAGACCUUUCUUUAGUUGGAGUUUUACGUGGGCACCGCAGAGGUGUUUGGUGUGUGCGAUUUUCUCCUGUAGAUCAGAUGGUCCUAACCACAUCAGCAGAUUGUACUAUGCGUUUGUGGUCUUUGCAAGAUUUGUCGUGUAUUAAGACCUUCGAAGGCCAUGAUUCAUCUGUGGUCCGGGGGGAAUUUUUAUCUCAAGGAAAUCAAUUAGUUACGGGAGGAGCUGAUGGGCUUCUUAAAUUAUGGCUUAUAAAGUCAGGUGAAUGUGUCUCCACCUUUGAUGAGCAUAGUGGUCGAAUUUGGGCUUUGACAGUGUCAACCACUGAAAGCGCAAUUGUGACUGGAGGGGCUGAUUCCACAUUAGUGACAUGGAAAGAUGUAACUGAAGAAAAGAAACAAGCUGCUAUUGAAGAGAAGGAAAAGUUGACUCUUCAAGAACAACAGUUGUCCAAUUUAAUUCACAACAAUGAGCUUCUCAAGGCCCUUAAAUUAGCUCUAAGACUGCAGAGACCACAUCAAUGUUUGACAAUAGUCCAAAAUAUUCUUAAAAAAGGAGACACAAGAGGACUCAGUGAAACUUUGUCACAACUUGGAACAAGUCAGCAGGAAGAUCUUUUGAAGUAUGCAGUUUUGUGGAAUUCAAAUGGAAAGCAUUGCUAUACAGCUCAGGCUGUUUUAUCGGUUUUACUAGAUCACAUUUCUUCUGGAAAACUGAGAUUAGAAGGAUUAAGAGCUACCCUAGAGGGUCUUUUGCCUUACACUGACAGACACAUGCGGCGACUAUCUGAGUUACAACAAGAUCUUCAUCUCCUAGCCUUUACUGCCAAUUGCAUGCAGCCUCAUGCUUCAUGACAGGAUUUGCUGACUGACGUUUUUAACGUGGGCAGGUCAAUCUGCUUCAUUCAUUAUAACAAUAAGACAAAUAAAAAAUAUAUGUGAUCACCCAAA